AUGGCGUCUUUACUAGGCGUUGGCUACGAGUCCAGCGACGAUGACGCCACUGUGCCCAACCCUUCAGUAACGACCGCAACCACGAUCGUUGCUGCACCAGACGUCAAUACAGAGGACCAUGCGCAUAUGCAGAUGACCCUCACCAACACCUCGUCGCAAGCCCUCACCUACAACGCCACAUACGAUGAUCUCAUGCGUCCAUCGCAGGGUCCCGCAAACCCUUUCAAAUCAGCAGGUCCUGGAAACGGAGUCAAGCGCAAGAAUGUCCCGACGGGCUUCGCGGAGGAAGCGGCCAUCAGCGAGUCGACAUUCGCCGCUCAACAUCGCACAUUCCAAAGUCUGGGAUACACGCGCAACCCAACUCAGCCGGACCAGUUCGUCGGAAACAUGGAGAAUGUCGCGCAGUUUGGGGGACGGGAUGUUGUGCAGAUGAAGCCUUCCAAGGAAGCGUCGGCCGCAUGGCGAGCAAAGCGACAGAAGAAAGGCGACUCCAGUGUUGUCGAGGGUGAUGGUGCGUACCUUGGGCCUUGGGCGAAAUAUCAGAAUGACCAACAAUAUGACGAAAUCGAGGUUGGCUCGGGAGAAGAGCACGAGCUCGCAAGCGACGAGGAAUGGGUGGAAGAGGAUGAGACUCUGGCACCCGCGGCGCCCAUGCCGGCCAUGAGCAAGGCGGCUACCGAGUACCAGGGCGAUACGUCGAAGGUGGAAACUACCGAGUUUCACGGCUCAGAGCAGUUCGACUACCAGGGUCGGACGUAUAUGCAUGUUCCUCAGGAUCUGGAUAUCGACCUCCAGAAGGAAGUCGGUAGCGUCAAGAACUACGUGCCCAAGAAGCUGGUGCACACCUGGAGGUCUCACACGAAGCCUAUCACCUCCCUUCGCUUCUUCCCAACCUCUGGUCACUUGCUUCUUUCCUCCGCUGCCGAUGGAAAGGCCAAAAUCUGGGAUGUGUACCAUUCCCGGGAGCUCCUGCGGACUUUCUCUGGACAUUCCAAGGCCAUUACCGACACGGAUUUCGACCCUACUGGGAAAACCUUCCUUACUGGUUCCUACGACCGACAAAUCAAACUCUGGGAUACAGAGUACGGAAAGUGCUUGGGGCGUUUCUCGACCGGCAAGACGCCGCACGUUGUACGUUUCAACCCUGGUGUCGAGCAUGGGCACGAGUUCCUCGCUGGUAUGUCGGACAAGAAGAUCGUGCAAUUCGACACACGAUCUGGCGAAUUGGUCCAAGAAUACGACCACCAUCUGGCAGCCGUCAACACCAUCACCUUCGUCGACGACAACCGACGCUUCAUCUCUACUUCAGAUGACAAGUCGCUGCGUGCUUGGGAGUACGGUAUCCCCGUUCCUAUCAAGUUCAUCGCUGAGCCAUACAUGUUCGCCCUCACCCGGGCCACACCUCACCCCAACGGCAAGUACGUGGCUUUCCAGUCUGGUGAUAAUCAGAUUGUGGUCUACGGAGCCACAGACAAGUUCCGACAGAACCGCAAGAAGAGCUUCCGCGGACACAACAAUGCUGGAUACGGCAUUGAUAUCAAGAUCUCACCCGAUGGCCAGUUCAUCGCCUCUGGGGAUAGCGGCGGCUACGCUUGCUUCUGGGAUUGGAAGACUGGCAAAAUGUACCAUAAGAUUCUGGCCGGCGGGAAGGAGGGUGGCGCUGUCACCUGCCUGGACUGGCAUCCGCAAGAGACAAGCAAGGUUGUUACUGGCGGGUUGGAAGGCGUUAUCAAGUAUUGGGAUUAA